AUGGAAGUACAACUUGAUAUCAUUUCGUAUAAUUGUUUGAUUGAUGUGUACUGUAAAGGUAGACAAGUAGAGAAGACAUAUAAGGUGUUUGAAAAAAUGAGAGACGAGGAUAUAUCGCCUGACGUUAUCUCAUAUACAAGUUUGAUUGGGGGUUUGGGGUUAAUUGGUCAGACUGAUAAAACUAAAGAUGUUUUGAAAGAAAUGGAGUAUGGAUGUUACCCGGACACUGCAGCUUACAAUGCUGCCAUAAGGAAUUAUUGUAUUGCGAAGAGGCUUGGUAAUGCAUUUGAGUUGAUGGAUGAGAUGGUGGGGAAGGGAUUAGACCCAAAUGCCACUACUUUCAAUCUCUUCUUUAGGGUUUUUUACUGGUCAAAUAAUUUGACAAGUGCAUGGAAUUUAUAUCAGAGAAUGAUGGAUAGUGGAUGCCUCCCAAAUACGCAGUCUUGUGUGUUUCUCAUUCGGUUAUUUAGGAGGCAGGAAAAGGUGAAGAUGGCAUUGCAGUUGUGGAAUGACAUGGUGGACAAGGGUUUUGGGUCUUAUAUUUUGGUAUAUGAUGUAUUGUUUGAUUUGCUUUGUAAUAUGGGAAAGUUGGUGGAAGCAGAGAAGUGUUUCUUGGAGAUGAUAGAAAAAGGGCAAAAGCCAAGCAACAUUUCUUUUCGGAGGCUCAAGGUUCUUAUGGAAUUGGCAAACAAGAAAGAAGCCCUUCAAAACUUGGAGCAGAAAAUGGCCAUUUUGGGCCUCAUGUCCAAGUUCGCGAAAGUGAAGGGAGCCCGAUAA